AUGGCGCCCCACAACGACGUCGAGGCCUUCCACGAGGUGCUCCGGAAAAGCCGCCGGGUUCUCGCCCUCUGUGGGGCCGGCCUGUCUGCGUCGUCCGGGCUGCCGACCUUCCGCGGCGCCGGCGGCUACUGGCGGAGCCACGAUGCCACCAAGCUGGCCACGAUGCAGGCCUUCCGCACCGACCCGGGCAUGGUGUGGCUGUUUUACGGCUACAGACGCCACGCCUGCCUGAGGGCCGCACCAAACCCGGCGCACCGGGCCCUCGCCGCCCUGGCCAAGGGGAACCGGGAUUUCAUGUGUCUUACGCAGAACGUUGACGAUUUGUCACAACGCGCUGGGCACCCGCCAGAGCAGCUCAAGAGCCUGCACGGCUCGCUCUUCGACAUCAAGUGCAGCGCCGACGGCUGCGACUGGGUGCAGCGGGGCAACUUUGAGGAUCCCUUUUGCCCGUCGCUGGCGCCCGCCUCGGAGGAUCCGCCACCGGGCGAGACGCUGCCGCUGCUGGACCCGUACCAUCGCAUCAGGCACAUUCCCGAGGAGGAGCUCCCCAAGUGCCCCAAGUGCCAGGUCGGGCUGCAGCGCCCGGCCGUCGUGUGGUUUGGGGAGUCGCUGGACGCGACUAUGCUUACGGACAUUGAGGCCUGGAUGAGCCAGGGCAAGGUGGAUCUCAUGCUCGUGGUGGGCACGUCCGCCCAGGUGUGGCCUGCGGCGGGCUACAUCUCCAAGGCGCGAUUGCACGGAGCGAAAAUCGUGACUGUAAACCCUGAGGCGGAGGAGGAGGCGGACCUGUUCAAGAUUCCUCCCGGCGACUUUGCAUUCGGCCAGGACGCGGCGGUAUGCCUACCGCGGCUGCUGGAGCCGGUCAUUGGCAAGAUGGGAGAAGACGGCGAGUUCAAAAAGGGGUGA